AGAGACCACCGCCUCGCCAUUGUCUCCCGGACACCAACUUUAUUAUAAACACACACCGCGAGCCGCCCGGCGCUCAGAGCACCGGACACCGGGACCUGACACUCGCACAGCCGCCCGUCCGUCCACAUGUACAAAAUGGAUUACUCGUAUCUGAACACGUAUGACUCGUGCAUGGCGGCGAUGGAGGCGAGCGCGUACGCGGACUUUAACUCCUGCAGCCAGAGCAACGGCUUCCAGUACAACCCGAUCCGCUCCGGCUUCAGCUCCGGCCCGGCCUGCGCUCCGCUCGCCACCGCCAGCUGCACUCUGGGCGCGCUCAGGGAACACCAGCCUGCGCCCUACUCCACAGUGCCGUAUAAGUUCUUCUCGGAUGCGUCGGGCCUGAAUGAGAAGCGAAAGCAGCGUCGGAUCCGCACCACAUUCACCAGUUCCCAGCUGAAGGAGCUGGAGCGAGUGUUUGCUGAAACACACUAUCCUGACAUCUACACACGCGAGGAGCUGGCGCUCAAGAUCGACCUGACGGAGGCACGCGUACAGGUCUGGUUCCAGAACCGAAGGGCCAAAUUCCGCAAGCAGGAGCGAGCGGCGAACUCUAAAGCGUCGAGCACUUCUGGCGGGAAGAAACCCAGCGAUGUGCGCUCUUCAUCUGAAGACGACGAGUCCAAAGAGUCGACCUGCAGCCCGACGCCUGACAGCACUGCCAACAUGAGCAGCCCCGGGGCCCGCAGCAGCCUGAGCCCCAGCCCCGCCCCUGGCCCCGCCUCCACCUUCAGCCCUGCCUCCAUCUCCCCCGCCCUGAAGAGCUCACCCUGGCCCAGCCUGGGCUCCGGGACCCCGGGGCCCGUGCACACACACACGCACACGCAGGAGCUGCUGAAGGCCUGGCAGCCGGCGGACAGUAUGAGCGGACCCUUCGCCGGGGUCCUGUCCACCUUCCACAGGAAAAACAACACCAUCAAGAGCAACCUCUUCUAGAGCCCCGCUGACUCUGGACUCGCUCACAGUCAAGACUCGUGCACACCGCUUCUAUUAUCGCUCGCGUUUAUCGUCAGCGUUUAUCGUCUGUGAUUUUUCACUCGUUUAUCGUCUUAGUUUGUCGCUCACAUUUAUCGUCAGCAUUUGUUGCUCACGUUUAUCGGCUGAGUUUGUCGUUCGCGUUUAUCAUCAGCGUUUGUCGUUAUCGUUUAUCAUCAGCAUUUGUUGCUUGCAUGUAUCGUCAACAUUUGUCACUCACAAUUAUCGUCUGAGUUUGCUGCUCACUUUUAUCAUCAGCAUUUGUCGCUCUCGUUUAUCGUCAACAUUUGUCGCUUAUGUUUAUCGUCUGAGUUUAUCGUUUGCAUUUAUCAUCAGCGUUUUCUGCGCUCGUUUAUCGUCAACAUUUGUCGCUCACGUUUAUCAUCUGCAUUUGUCGCUCACGUUUAUCGGCUGAGUUUGUCGUUCGCGUUUAUCAUCAGCGUUUGUCGCUCUAAUUUAUCGUCAACAUUUGUCGCUCAUGUUUAUCGUCUGAGUUUGUGGUUCACGUUUAUCAUCAGCGUUUGCUGCUAACGUUUAUUAUCAAGGUAUUGUCGCUCUCGUUUAUCGUCAACAUUUGUCGCUCAUGUUUAUCGUCUGAGUUUGUCAUUCGCGUUUAUCAUCAGCGUUUGUCGUUAUAGUUUAUCGUCAGCAUUUGUUGCUUGCAUGUAUCGUCAACAUUUGUCACUCACAAUUAUCGGCUGAGUUUGCUGCUCACUUUUAUCAUCAGCAUUUGUCGCUCUCGUUUAUUGUCAACAUUUGUCGCUCAUGUUUAUCGUCUGAGUUUAUCGUUCGCGUUUAUCAUUAGUGUUUGCAGCUAACGUAUAUCAUCAGCAUUUGUCGCUCUCGUUUAUCGUCAACAUUUGUCGCUCAUGUUUAUCGUCUGAGUUUGUCGUUCGCGUUUAUCAUUAGUGUUUGCAGCUAACGUAUAUCAUCAGCAUUUGUCGCUCUCGUUUAUCGUCAACAUUUGUCACUCACGUUUAUCGUCUGAGUUUGUCGUUCGCGUUUAUCAUUAGCAUUUGCAGCUAACGUUUAUCAUCAGCAUUUGUCGCUCUCAUUUAUUGUCAACAUUUGUCGCUUAUGUUUAUCGUCUGAGUUUAUCGUUUGCAUUUAUCAUUAGCGUUUGCUGCUAACGUUUAUCAUCAGCAUUUGUCGCUCUCAUUUAUUGUCAACAUUUGUCGCUUAUGUUUAUCGUCUGAGUUUAUCGUUUGCAUUUAUAAUUAGCGUUUGCAGCUAACGUUUAUCAUCAGCAUUUGUCGCUCUCGUUUAUCGUCAACAUUUGUCGCUCAUGUUUAUCGUCUGAGUUUGUCGUUCGCGUUUAUCAUCAGCGUUUGCAGCUAACGUUUAUCAUCAGCAUUUGUCACUCUCGUUUAUCGUCAACAUUUGUCGCUCGCAUUUAUCAUCUGAGUUUGUGGUUCGCGUUUAAAGUCUGAGUUUGCCACUCGCAUUUAUCGUCUGAGUUUGCCAGUUGCGUUUAUCAUGAGUAUGUCACUCCUGUUUAUUGUCAGCAUUUUCACUCGCAUUUAUCUCCUGAGUUUUUCUUGCAUUUAUAUUUUACUUGCGUUUAUCGUCAGCAUUUCCCCUGCAUUUAUCGUUAGCGUUUUAACUUGCGUUUGUCAUCAGCGUUUUUCACUUGCCUUUAUUGUCAGGGUUUUCCCUUUUUCUCUCGCAUUAACUCGCAUUUAGUUGGUCACUCACGUUUAUAGGCACCGCUUGUUGCUUGCGUUUAUUGUCUGAAUCUUUCACUCACGUUUAUUGUCAGCAUUUGUCACUCGCGUCUAUCUUCAGCCGUCAGUGAUUUUUCACUGGUGAGUGAACAUGCAAAAUCACUUCCUCACUCUAGAUGGUGCUUGAUAAAAAAAUACUUAAUGAGAAAUACCAAUGCAAUCUCGCAGCAAUUCGUAACUUUAAUCUUCAAUAAUAUAUGCUUUAAUAUGAUGAUAUGUAAAUAUAUAUUAAUUAAUACACACAAACACCUGAGCUGCAUCUGAAAUCGAAUACUAAUCGAGUAUAUACGAAUUCAGAUGUACUACUUUAUUUGAGUUUGACUUCAUAACCGUCGUAUGUUCUAUAUAGUAUGAAAAUUAAUAGUAAGAGUGGGAUUCGGAUGUACUACAUACGUCAUUUGUCGUUAUGACCUACCCAUGUCAGUUGCGUUGCUUCACUCCUCGAAUGCGCUCUUCAGAAUCUCGCAGGAAAUUGUAGGUUAUUCGAGUACUUCUCGCCUACUGUUUUUUUUUCGAAUACUAUGAAUUCAUAUACUAUAUAUAUUUUCGCAUAAUAUGUAGUAGGGAAGAAUAUGAUUUCAGAUGCAGCCCUGGUCAAAUGUUUGCAGAAAAAAGUUGCAAGCCAUGGAAGAUAGUUAAACAAAGCUCAGAACAAAUUUCUGUGUGGUCGGCUAGAGCUUUUCGUGCUCGAACGCCACCAUGUGGUGAUUCAGUGUAACUUCACCAAUGAACAAAAGCUGCAAUCUCUUUGGUCGGACAGUUUUUAAGUGUCUUUUUUAAUAAAUGACAAAUUUUAUGUCCAGUGUUUUGUGCAUUUGGUGUGCACGCUCACAUUAGCACUCUUUGUUUAGUCGCGAGGUGUUAAACGUCAACGAUAAUCGCACAAUAAUAAUUACGGUGUGCACGAGUUUUAAGAGUUCACUCAAGGACAUCUGUUAAUGCAUUAUUGUUAUUAUAAUUACACCUCUUCUGGCAGACAUUCAGUUAGAAGCAGGUUUACUGUAGAUAUACUGCCACCCAAAGGCAGAGUGCAGUAACUACACUUUGUGUCUUAAAGGGACAGUUCACCCAAAAAUGUGAACCAUUGAUUACCAUUGCAGGAAAAUUAACGUCUACAUUUGGUAGAUGUGAAUAAAAUUAAAGUUUCUGAACAACAUGAUUUAAGGCAGAAACAAACAAACAGGAUGCUCAGAUUCAUCUUAAUGGUGCAUUAACUGAUGAUCCCAGAUCAGCUCUUACUGUACGCUGAUGUGCUUUACUUACUGUCCUGUCGGCACUUCUGUUCAGUGUGUGUGUGUGUGUGUGCUUGAGAGAUGUUUGUGUGUUUGCAUGAAUGUGUAAGAGAGAAAUUGUGUGUUUGAGUGAUUGUGUGUGUUUGUUAGUGUGAGUUUGAGUGUGUGAUGCUUGUUUCUGUGUGUAUUUGUGUCUAUAAGAGAGAGAGCGAGAGUGUGUGUUUGUGUUUAUUUGUGUUACGUGUGUGUGUGUGACCCCAGAAAUAAGCAUAGUUAAGCCACAUGUAGUUAAUUUAUUAAAGAAAAAAAAAAAGAAAAAACGAAACAAAAACUGUUGGGAUGGUCAGAUGAUUUUUUAAGCUAGGCUUUUAUUGAGAAAUAUUUUGUAAAUAUUAAUAUAAAUAUGAUGUAGGUUUUUUUUUAUGUUUUCUGGCUCCAGUGCACGCCAUUGUGUGUUUCCUGAAUGAUCUGCUGUAUAUAAUAACCAUUAAAGUCACUGAAUAAAGAC